AUGCCUUUCGCUUUGGCAGUUCAACUACUCUGCGGCAUUUGGGAAAGUGACUACAACUCAACGAAAUCGAACGAAGCAAAUACGUUGGAAGCUCAAUCUGGUUUUGAUGUAUGCUUACCGAGAAGCCUCUGUACAUCGAGCCCCCUGCAGUCCCCAACCAGCGUGCACAAAGAAAGUCAGUGGUCCAAAGAGGGACUGAUGUUCCACGGAAAGGAGGUCAAGCUUACUGGCCGCCCAGACUAUACAGUCUGGUAUGGAGAUGACGAUGACCUAGCGGUGAAUAUCGUGAUGAUGGAAGUAAAGGCGACGGAUCUGGCCCUAACUGGUGUUCCGCAGGCCCUAGGGCAUGGUUCAUCAGAACGCAAGAAAUGCAGCAAGGCGGACUGCCAAGUCUAUGGACUUGCUGGCGACGACAAAACUUUCUCUUGUUUGAAAAUCAAUAAUCAAUCUCCAAAGGCGUUCGGGUGGCCCUAG